CUUGUCUGGGUGGACGGCUAAUCCUUCAAGCCCAUUUUCGUCAUUUCAGGUUUCUCUACUUUUGGAUCCACCCAAUAAUAGAGCCCCACGUGGAAGAAUCUCUCUCCGCCGGUCAGGCUGACCCAUCCCGACCGGAUAUUCUGGACUACUUUACCACCGUUGGAUUCGAAUCCAACGCUCCAGAUUCAUUCACUCACAGUUUCAUUACAUCCCGGCGCUCCACUCACCCACAGUGUCCUAACUUUACGAACGACGGGAAACUGAGAAUUGCUACGCUGAAAAAAAAUCUUACCUUUGCCUGCGGCGGCGCGUCCACCACCGCCAACCGCCGUCGUAAGGAUGGCUUCCGCCGUCCUCACCUUCUCCCCCAACCUCCGGCUGCCGCCAAACCCUAACCCCCUCCGCCGCCGCCCGGCGAAAUUCCGAUCACUUAUAAGCAACAACAAUCGUCUAAUUUUCGCCGACAAGAAAUCCGUAUUCCUAACCCCAUCCCCCCGACGCAUCCCUAAACUCAGAGCCGCAUCGGCGGCGGCGGCGCCAGUAUCUCCGGCUCCCCAGCAGCCGGCGUGGCAGGGCGCCGCCGUCAAACCCUUGGUCGCCACAAUCGCCACCGGAGUAAUUCUGUGGCUGAUCCCCGCCCCCGACGGCGUCUCCCGCAUCGCGUGGCAAUUACUCGCCAUCUUCCUCGCCACCGUCGUCGGAAUCAUCACUCAGCCGCUGCCGUUGGGCGCCGUCGCGCUGAUGGGCCUCGGCGCCUGCGUUUUCACCAAAACCCUAACUUUCGCCGCCGCAUUUUCCUCCUUCGGAGAUCCGAUUCCAUGGCUGAUCGCUCUGGCCUUCUUCUUCGCCCGAGGGUUCAUCAAAACCGGAUUAGGUAACAGAAUCGCAUACCAAUUCGUGAAUCUCUUCGGCAGUUCAUCUCUAGGGUUAGGCUACAGUCUCGUCUUCAGCGAAGCUCUCCUCGCGCCGGCGAUCCCCUCCGUCUCCGCCAGAGCCGGCGGGAUUUUCCUGCCGUUGAUGAAAUCCCUCUGCGCCGCCUGCGGCAGCAAUGUCGGCGACGGGACGGAGAAGAAUUUGGGCGCCUGGUUGUCCCUGACCUGCUUCCAAACAUCUGUGAUUUCGUCGUCGAUGUUCCUAACGGGCAUGGCUGCCAAUCCUCUCGCUGCGAAUCUUACAGCAAGCACAAUCAACAUGACGAUCGGAUGGAUGGAUUGGGCCAAGGCUGCAAUCGUGCCUGGAUUGAUAUCCCUAACUUUGGUGCCAUUUAUUCUCUACCUGAUCUACCCGCCCGCCAUUAAAAGCAGCCCUGAUGCUCCCAAGCUCGCCAGGGAAAAUUUGGAGAAGAUGGGGCCGAUGUCGAAAAAUGAGGCCAUCAUGGCCGGAACUCUGCUUCUCACAGUCGGGCUAUGGGUGUUCGGAAGCGUGCUGAGCAUCGACGCUGUCACAGCAGCGAUUCUCGGGCUAUCAGUGCUGCUCGUAACGGGAGUCGUGACAUGGAAGGAAUGCCUGUCGGAAUCGGUAGCUUGGGACACACUAACAUGGUUCGCCGCCCUAAUCGCCAUGGCCGGGUACCUCAAUAAAUACGGGCUAAUCUCGUGGUUCAGCCAAACCGUCGUCAAGUUUGUCGGGGGGCUAGGGCUGACGUGGCAGCUGUCGUUCGGGAUUCUAGGCCUUCUCUACUUCUACUCGCACUAUUUCUUCGCGAGCGGCGCAGCCCAUAUCGGUGCCAUGUUUACGGCAUUUCUGUCGGUGUCGACCGCUCUGGGCACUCCGGCGUACUUCGGCGCCUGCGUGCUCUGCUUUUUGUCGAACCUGAUGGGCGGGCUCACACACUACGGCAUUGGGUCGGCGCCGGUGUUCUAUGGCGCCGGGUACGUGCCGUUGGCGACGUGGUGGGGGUACGGGUUCUUGAUAUCGGUUGUGAAUCUCGUAAUUUGGCUUGGAGUUGGCGGGGUGUGGUGGAAAGUUAUUGGGCUGUGGUAAAUACGAUAAUAUUUGGAUCAUUGUUGGAAUACACACACAAGAAAAUAGCUUAAUUAGCAUUGUAACGGCUAUUAUUAUUAUUAUUAUUAUUAUUAUUAUUAUGGGAGUCGGAAUUUUUUUGUAUUAGCUAUUUCCCAGACAGCCUUGGUCGAUUUGUAAUGAACGUGCUACUUCAUUCGUUCGUCUCUAAAAAUCAUAUUUGUAAUUAACUGUAAAAAUAUUUUUAUA